AUGACAGUAAUGGCUGGUGGUGUACCGAUUUAUGUACCACUUCGACCGCAAUUAGAUGAUGGUGAAGAAUUAAUCAGUGAUUGUUGGAAAUUAGAUAUCAAAGAAUUGGAAUCGAAAAUUACUUCAAAAACUAAAGUGUUACUAUUAAACACACCACAUAAUCCUUUGGGUAAAGUAUUUAAUAGAGAAGAAUUGGAGAGUAUCGCGGAUGUAUGCAUUCGUCAUAAUUUGGUGUGUAUUUCAGAUGAAGUUUAUGAAUGGUUAGUAUUUCCGCCUAAUCAUCAUAUUAAAAUCGCCUCUUUGCCUGGUAUGUGGUCACGUACCCUGACUAUUGGAAGUGCUGGCAAAACAUUCAGUGUAACCGGUUGGAAAUUAGGUUGGACAAUUGGACCAGCUAAUUUAAUACAGGCUAUGCAAUUACAUCAACAAAAUACUGUGUAUACAUGUCCAACUCCUUUACAAGAAGCUGUUGCACGAAGUUUAGAGAUUGAAUUACCAUUAUUGAAUACACAUGAAUCGUAUUUUAAUGAGAUGUGUGGAUUGAUUGAACCGAAAGGUCGAAAUAUGGUUAAGAAAUUGAAUGAAAUAGGAAUGAUAGCAGUAAGACCCACUGGAGGAUAUUUCCUCGUGGCAGAUAUCUCCAAAUUGCAUGUCCCAUCGAAUGAAUUGGAUAAAAAUGACUCAUUAUCGUAUGAUGUCAAAUUUAAUAAUUGGAUGAUGCAAAAUAAAGGUGUUUCUGCUAUUCCAAUGAGUGUGUUUUAUUCAACAUCUAAUCAACAUCUUGGUUCAAAAUAUUUACGAUUCUGUUUUUUCAAAGAAGAUUCAACAUUGAAUUCGGCAUAUGAAAUUUUGAAGAGAUGGUAA